UUAAUAAAAGGUUAUAGGUACUUGUUCUUUGGUAUUGUAUCAGAAACAAAGUAAAGAAACGAAAACAAAUUUCUAUAUUAAGAAUAAAAAUUAACUUUGUCUAAUCUAAUUAAACACAUACUUAUUACGUAAAAUAUACUUAAUUCUGACACUUUGACCCCACACAAAAUUUUUCUUUCAAUUAAUAUCUAUUAUAUAUGUAUUUAAUUAAACUCAAUAUAAUGAUUCAAAUAAAAUCUUUUUAAAAUGUUAACUGCAGACCUCCGCAAACAUUAAAUAAUAUAAGCACAUAAUUCUAUUGUUAGAUGACUUAGUAGCGCAACAAGAAUAAUAUCCAGACAGAAAAUGAUGGAUAUUCCAAUUUGGUACAUUGUAAUAUUUGUGUUCUUAUUUGUUUAUAUUGCAUUGUAUCUGUACAUGUUAAAAAUCAAGGAUAGAACCAAAUAUAUGGUAAAUGUGCCUGGACCUACACCGAUAUUUCCUUUUGGAAAUACUCUGGAUUAUAUUUAUGGAUCAACUGGUGUGUUAAGAGGAUUAAUGGAUAGUCUAAAACAAUAUGGAGAGACCAUAGUAGUGAAUCCAGGCUCAUUUGAUUGGGCCAUAAUAACCAUAGACUAUGACUUCAACGAAUUACUCUUCAGUUCUGCAGUUCACAUUCAAAAACCCACUCAAUAUGAUUUUCUUCAUGGUUGGCUGGGGCAAGGUUUACUUACCAGUUACGGUGCUCACUGGAAAAACCAUAGGAGGGUCAUAACGCCAGCCUUUCAUUUUUCCAUUUUGCAAGAUUAUAUUUCCAUAUUCAAUGCCGUCGGGGAUAAGUUUAUUGAAAAAUUGAAAAAUGAAGUAGGAAAAGAUAGUAUGGAAAUUUCCAAAAUCGUUUCGUUAUGUACUCUUGAUGUUAUUUGUGAGGCAGCAAUGGGUGUUAAAAUCAAUGCAUUGGAAGAAGAAAAUUCCAAAUACAUAAAAAGUGUCAAGACGUUGUGCUCAAUAAUGCCGGAAAGGGCUUUUUCACCUUUAAAUCCUUUUUUUUAUCCGCUCACGUUGAAUUACUUCAGAGAGAAAAGGGCACUUAAAGUUAUUCAUAAGCUUGUAGAGGAAGUUAUUUCCAAGAGAAUCGAAGACCACAGACGCAUGAAAAAUAUAGGAUCCACAGAUUUGACUGACGAAUUUGGCGUCAGGAAACGCAAAGCGUUUUUGGAUUUGCUCUUAGAGAGUUCGAUUGAUGGGAAAUUGCUUUCGAUGCAAGAGUUGAGGGAUGAAGUUAAUACUUUUAUGUUCGAGGGUCAUGAUACCGUAUCCUCAGCAAUAACAUUUUCCCUACUAAUGAUCUCAGAGCACCCAGAAGUUCAGGAUAAAUUGAUCAAAGAGCAGCUUGAAAUUUUCGGAAGCAAUUUGACCAGUGUGACUCCAACAUACAAGGAACUAAACGAAAUGAAAUAUUUGGAUUUGGUCAUUAAGGAAACCCUUCGGCUUUUUCCGUCGGUGCCAUAUUUUGGUAGAAGAUUGGCUCAAGAUACAGAAUUCAAGGGCAAUUUGUAUCCAAAAGGAAUCAACGUAAUGAUUUUCCCGUUCGCGUUCCACAGGAAUCCGAAAUAUUUUCCGGAACCGGAAAAAUUCAUCCCUGAAAGGUUCGUAGAUUUGAGUAGCAAAUACCCGUACGCCUACACGCCUUUCAGUGCUGGACCCAGAAACUGUAUAGGCCAGAAAUUUGCAAUGCUUGAAAUGUUAUCUACAAUUUCGAAGGUGGUGCGAAACUUCAAGUUGGCUCCAGCCAGGCCCCAGCACCAAAUCCAACUUGCCGCAGAAACCAUUUUGAUUUCAAAGAAUGGCGUUAAAAUAUCGAUCGAAAACAGGACGUAUUGAUCGGUUAGUGAAUAAAAAUGUUUAGUUAUGAAAUAAAAUGAAUUUUUGUUUCUCGUA